AUGACGACCAAGAGCAUGACCAGUACACGCGUGGCCGCCACCGCGGUGAAAGCGCUCAAGAUCCUCUUCGCCCUUGGCAUGGCCACGCAAGUCAACCGCUUUCUGAACCGUCUGGCUCUGAAUUAUUGGCAUCUCCGCAGACAGGGCAAGCCGUGGGAGUUCCAGACCGAAGGCAAGGAGACGAUCGUGGUGACGGGCGGAUGUAGUGGGUUCGGCAAGGCCAUGGUCGACAUGUUUGCGGCCAAAACGAAAGCGAAUCUGGUCGUCUUGGAUGUCCAGCAAUUGCCGGAUGAUAUGAAGAAUAUCCCACGCCUAUCCUACUUCCAAACCGACCUAACCUCCCCCACAUCCAUCACGGCGACAACAACCUCCCUCCUCGAAUCCAUCCACCCAGCCCCAACCGUGCUGAUCAACAACGCCGGCAUCGCACAGGCCCACACGAUCCUCGGCACCAGCGACGCCUUUCUCGAGAAGAUCUUCCGCGUCAACGUCCUCUCGCACUUCACCCUCAUCCGUCUCCUUCUGCCGCACAUGCUGGCCAUGCGCAAAGGCCACAUCGUCAGCCUGGCGUCCAUGGCCAGUUUCACCGGCGUGGCUGGUCUGGCUGACUACAGUGCCUCCAAGGCCGCCGUGUUGGGGUUGCAUGAGUCGUUGGUCCAGGAGUUGGGGCACAGAUAUGGUGGUGAUGAGGGUGUGAAGGGGGGUGUUACUAAUACUGCUUCUACUUCUGCCUCUGCUUCUGCCUCUGCCUCUACUUCUUCAGGUACCACUACUAGUACUCUUCCUCCUGCUCCCCCUCCUCCUACUAUCACUACUCCUCCUACCACCAUUGAUCCAGGCCAUACCAUCCAAGCAAGUAUCAUCCACCCCAUGUGGGCUCGCACGCCGUUAAUCAACACCUGGGAAUCCGCCCUCGACGGGUCCGGACAACCCGUGCUCACGGCGCAAGACGUGGCCCGGCGCGUGGUGGACCAGGUUCUUUCCGGCAGGAGUGGAAGUGUAUAUAUCCCGGAGAAGAUGUGGACAGGGACGUUGUUGAGGGUUCUGCCGGAGUGGGUUGCCAUCUGGAUUCGAGGUGGAGUUCAGAAUGCUACUGCUACUGCUAUGGGUGCGAGUUCGACUAUGGGUGCCACGGAUAUGUGA